AUGGAGAACCAUCAAUCUGACAAGGAGCGUCUGCGCAAACAGGGCCCUCAUCGCUCACUCCUUGCUCGUGCUCCUGCUCCUACGCCUCAUCGUCCGCCUGCGUCUGUACAGUCUGCUCGUCAACGGCCUCUUUCCUCUGUCACCAAUCGUCAGCAGCGUUCGCCGCAGCAGAAGUUCAAGCCUAGCACCAAUCGACAGCAGUCUCUUCUACAGAGAAACAUGCCGUACAACCAUCGUCAGCGUUCCUUGCCACAGGCAGCCAUGCCCAAGAACGACCAGAAGAAGGAGAUCCACAUAGAUGGCAUUCCAACAGUUGAUAACAAUGCCGAAAGUGUCCACUGCAUACUCCUCACAUACGGUCAUGUGUCUCGCAUCAACUGCCGUGGCGGACAGAGAGCCUCAGCUCUUCUCUCGUUCGCUCGCCCUGGUCUCUUUCUGGAACCCACGAAACCCCGAUUGCCGGAAGGAUGGAAGAUCUUUCGCGCUUAUCCAUACAACUUUGGAAGGAUCGAAUCACCAGCAAACCCGGCGAACAUUAUCCCAAACAAGAUCACACUUCCAGUGGACCAGAUCGAGUUUGGGGUGAUGACUGAUGAGCGCCGUAUGAUGGUCAUGCAUACAGUCUCUAACACCGUUGAUCAUCCGGCCGUGCUCAUGCUUGAUCUUUCUUCCGACGCAAGACACUCGCUGGACUUCCGCUUCUUCCUCAAAACCGAGACCGAUGCACCCUGGUACCGCGCUGAACUUCGCCUCAGCACACCCUUUGAGAUCAAGCAGAUCCGAUACGAUGACGGCCAUAAGGAGAUCGUCAUUACCUCUCAGUUUCCUCCAAAGUGGUGGCAGAGUGUAGGAAAGGGCCUUGUUGAUGAGAUUCACGAAGGCGACCCGGAACCUCAGAACUACCAAGACUGGCCUAGAGGUUGGCGUCGUGUCACAGACAUCGAUCUGAAUCCGGAAGAGCGAGAUUUCAGUCCAGUGGCAUUCUUGCCUCCCAGCCCGGUGGUUGACACAGGUCGCUGGCUGACAUGGAAGCUAAAGUUUCCGGCCGAGGUGGAUGAUCAUGCUUACAACACAAUCGUUGAGGUUUUGGAAGCCCACAACGCGACUGUGCAGAAGUGCAGCUCUGCUGAUUUCGACACUAUUCCGCGAGAAGACCCAGUCGUUUGGGACUUACUCGAUCCACAUCAAGCCUCUUAUGAAUCAGAUCUUCAUGAGAUGCAAGACGAGAUGAUGCACCUUGGUCAAGACAUUCGCUAUCAGCUCGAGGUCUGCAUCUCCAAUAACAAUAUCAAUGAACACACCUUGAGCCGAGAGUUUCUCUUCGAGCUUAGUGCUUUGGACAGAGAUUUUGUUCGCGAUCCCAGCAACCCCUCAAUCAUAUCCCCAGCUCUUGUCCUUCUCGAAGAUGUUGCAGACUCAAAGCAAACCUUCUUCGACCCUAUGGAGAUCUUCGAUACUUAUCAACUUCGCCAUCCGCGAAAACGUCGUAUCCCCAAAGGCUGUGUAUUGAUGAGAAGUGCCGUCAUCACUCCUACCACGUUCUACGUCAAGACGCCAUCAGUAGAAGUGUCAAAUCGUGUCAUCCGGGAGAACUUCUAUGCUGCUGGAAACUUCUUGCGCGUCAAAUUCGAAGACGAGGACCCAUUCGGACGCAUUAUGCCUAUGGCACAAUACGAGAACCAGCACGAGGUGUGGGCUCGUAUUGAGCGCUGCCUUCGUCAUGGCAUCGACAUCGCUGGCCGUCACUACGACUGGCUUGCAUGUGGAAACUCUCAGUUCCGCGAGAGAGGUGCCUACUUCUUUGCACCCUACAGUGAAGAGAAGACUGCCCGCCAAAUUCGCAUGGCUCUAGGAGACUUCUCCAGUAUUAAUGUCGUCGCGAAGUGCAUGGCCCGCAUUGGUCAAUGUUUCUCUACGACCAGAGCCUCUUCCAGUAUCGGCGAGAUCGGCACUACGUUGAUCAAAGAUGUUGAGAGGAACGGCUACUGUUUCACGGACGGUGUCGGCAAAGUAUCUCCUUUCGUUGCUCGAAUGGUUGCCAACGAGUUGUACGCCAAUUCUGAUCCUCAUGACUACCCGUCUGCCUUCCAAUUCCGCAUGCGCGGCUACAAAGGCAUUCUUGUGGUGGAUCCUGCUCUGAAAGGUAAGACGGUCCAUGUCAGACCUAGCCAGCGCAAGUUCGAUGCAGCAGGUGUCGACAAACUAGAGAUCAUUAAACCUUCGAAGUUCUCUGCCUCGACCCUCAAUCAGCAGAUCAUUCUCGUUCUCACUGCCCGUGGGGUUCCAAAGCAAGUUUUCAUUCACAAAAUGACAAAGGAACUCCAUGACAUCAAUCUCGCAAUGAGCGAUGAGGCUAUGGCUCUGAACAUGUUGCAAAAGAACGUCGAUUUCAAUCAGAUAACCUUGACGAUGUCAGGCAUGAUACUUGAUGGUUUUAUGCACUCCGAAGAGCCGAUGUGCCAGAUCCUUCUGCAGCUUUGGCGUACCUGGAAUUUGAAACACCUCAAGGAAAAGGCCAAGCUGUUCAUCGAAAAGGGUGCUUUCGUUCUUGGAGGCGUCGAUGAGACGAACACUCUUAAGAUGGAUCCAGGCGAGCUCCCUGAGAUCUUCAUUCAAGUGCCCGGAGAGAAUGAGGGUGAGUGGAAGACUGCCCAAGGCGUGUGCCUUCUUGCACGUAAUCCAUCGCUACAUCCUGGCGAUAUUCGUGUCGUCAGAGCUGUGCAGUGUGAAGCUCUGAAACAUCUCAAGAACAUUGUUAUCCUGCCGCAACAAGGAGAACGACCGCUUGCCAAUAUGUGCGCCGGUGGAGAUUUGGACGGUGACGAUUACCUCGUCAUGUGGGACGACGACUUACUGCCACCGAUGAAGCAGUGGGACUGCGAGCCCAUGAACUACGAUCUACCCACACCUGUCAUGUGUGUUGGCCCUGUACAGGACGAGCAUUUCGUCAAGUUCUUUGUCGACUACAUCAAGAACGACAAACUUGGCGCAAUUGCCAACAGUCACCGUGCUAUAGCUGACUUUGAAGGCUCAAACAAAGGAGUUGCACACGAGAAAUGCAAGAGACUAGCUCAACUCCACUCAGAAGCUGUCGACUUCAACAAGACAGGUGUUCCCGCCAAGGUGGAUGGAGAUCUCUGGCCGAAAAAGUGGCCUCAUUGGAUGCCAGGAAAGGUCACGUCGAGACAGUAUGUCUCCAGAGAGGUGCUCGGAGUACUUUUCGAUAUGGUGCAGCCCCAACCGUUCGUUCCUCGGCUCGAGAAGCCGUUCGAUAGGCGUAUCCUCGAUGCAUAUGUCUUGACCAAUUCGCAUCUGGAGAAGGCUAGAGAGUUCAAGGUUGGAUACGACCAGCAGAUGCAUCGUAUCAUGGUGCAACACAACAUCAAGACCGAAUUUGAGGUCUGGACAGCCUUCGUCAUGCACCACAACAGAGAGCAGUACUGGUACUCAUUGGCAGAGGAUCUUGGAAACGUGAUGAGCAGCAUCAAGACAGACUACCAGGCUCAAGUCAGAGAGUAUCUGGGACUCGCCGAUUCUGGUUACAUGGUUUCUGAAAAGGCGCUGGACAUCCUUGGACCUUUCGUGGCCGCCAUGUACACCGUCACCGAACAAGAGGUGACGCAGUGGAAGGAAAGCAAAUUGGUGUCGUUUAACGAAGACCCAAAGAAUGCUCCUCUCAUCACGUAUCCCUGGCUGUUCAGCAGAGAGCUUGGCAAGAUUGCCACCGGGCAGUCCAGUCCUUCAGCAUUGCGAGCAGCACUUGCUACCAAUGGUGACAUCAGGCGCCAUCCGGUUGUCAAGUCCGGUUACAAGGCCGAGCUGCAUAGCAUCAAGCUUGAGCCUCUUGCCGAGUGGAAGCCUGAGGAUGCUGUGGGUGACCACGUGCGAAAGACAGCUUUCGAUGUCAUCACAGUCCAGGAAUUUGAAGAGCAGACAUUGGAGCUGGAAGGAGAAAUCGAGGAGCCUGAGGAGGAAGAAACCACUGAGGAAGCUGCUGAGGAAGAAGUAGAGGGAGGAGCAAAGGAAGAAGAGAGAGUAGAGGAGGAAGAAGAGAGAGUAGAGGACGAAGGAGCAAAGGAGGGCGCAAAGGAAGAAGUGGAAGAGCAAGAAGCAGAGGAGACCGAGAGUGCAUUCGAUCGCCUGAUGGCCAUGACAACCUAG